AUGAAGACAUUCUUCGGAGUGACGGUAACGCUCUUAGCCAUCCCCUUUGCCAUCGGGCAAUCCUCCUCGACAUGCGGUCCCGCGCCUUCAGGGUCCAUCCAGCCCUCUCUCGCCUCUGGCUACCAAAUGCAAGUGGUUGCGACCGGCUUGUCUAAACCACGGGGAAUCCACCUCGACAAUGCAGGUAAUCUGAUGGUCGUCGAGCAAGGAAGAGGAGUUAUAUCGGUGCAUACCCUGAAUGAGGACACUGCAGGCUGUGUCUCUGUGGUCAAUUCAACCGACAUCACGGCAGCGUUAGGUUUAAAUCAUGGCAUCGAGUUAUCUACCGAUGGGCAAAUCCUGUACGCCUCUUCUUCGGAAGAGGUCUUUGCCUGGCAAUAUUCCCAAUCGUCCAAAACCGUAUCAAACCGCGCCACCCUCAUCAACAACAUGGCAGGCACAGACCACACCACUCGCACUCUAUUACUCUCAAAGUCAGCUCCUGGCCUACUUCUGGUCAGCCGAGGCAGCACCGCUAAUAUUGACUUUGAAGCUUCGACCCUGGAGUCCGGGCAUUCUCAAAUCAGGGCAUUCAACUUGACCAAUCACACUGGCGUUCCCUACGAUUUCAGCACCACGGGACUACGACUGGGUUGGGGGUUGAGGAACGAUGUCGGGGUCGCAGAGCAUCCCAUAUCUGGAGGCAUCUUCUCUGUGGAGAAUUCAGCCGAUCAACUCUCUCGCAUGGGCGUCGAUGUACAUCAAGACAACCCUGCCGAAGAGUUGAACUUCCUGGGAUACCUAAAUGGCACAGAGUAUGCUAAUCAGGGCGGCAAUUUUGGCUAUCCAUGGUGUUUCUCGGCGUGGGGUGUUGAUAUCCUGCCAGACAACGGCAACUUGACGGUGGGCAGUCAGUUUGCCGUGGACGCGAGUACUGCCUCCAACAACCAGAACCAGACCGAUGCCUACUGCGCGGCGCAGCUGCCCGCAAGCUUGGUCUUCCAGGCUCACAUGGCGCCUCUCGACAUCAAGUUCAACAACAGUGGUACUGAAGCUUGGAUCACUUUCCACGGAAGCUGGGACAGGGACGAUCCCGUGGGGUAUAAAUUGAGUGUCGUGGCAUUCACCAGUGACGGUCAGCCUGUGGACGAUAUCACGAGCAAAACGGCUGCCGUUGACAUCUUCGCCAACGCAGACAAUUCAAAGUGUCCGGCCAACUGUUUCCGACCGGUUGGCAUGGCCAUUGACGACCGCGGCCGCAUCUUUGUGUCCUCGGACGCCUCUGGCGAGGUCUACCUCAUUACAAAGGUGUCAGAAGGCAACGCCACGUCCUCUACGCCAUCGGGUUCGCCCUCUGCCACUGCUACUCCAUCGAUCGCAGUGUCCAACCAGCCUUCGUUCUUAUUGCCUGUUGUCAUGCUGUUGUUUGUUAGCGUCCUUAGUGCUCUCAUGAUAUAA